AUGGGAAAUUGCCAACAAUGUGAUAAUUCAGACCCAAUCAAAACCCAAGAGAUUUUAACAUCCAAAACCACUAAGUCCAAAUAAAGUAAGAAAUUAAAUAAAAAUGAUCUUAAAGGAAUCAUAAAAAUUUAAGCAAAUUUUAGAGGUUUUAUCACAAGAAAGUAGUAUAUUAAUUUAACAUAGAAAAUAUAAAUUUAAAUCAUCUGGAUCAACAUCACAAAAAUAUGGAACUUCCAUUAACUAAUAAAAGAGUUCUUAAAAUGAUUCAGUUAUCGCAGACCCUUAUUAAAUCCAUACAAAUAUACAAUAAAUUCAAUAAUUACAAAGAAAACAAUCACCUAUUAAGAAUUUAGAUUAGGAUGAUCAUAGAUAAAUUCUUGCUGCUGAAAUUACAAUUAAUAUUAAUGAAGAUGCAAGUUCCUAUUCUGAAGUUAGAAGCAAACACUUAAUCAGUUUUUAAAUGAAUGAACUUUGCUUUAUCCCUCUACAUAAGAAGGAUCAAAUUAGAGUUUAAAAUGAAGAAUAAUAAAAACUAUCCAUUCUUUAAUUGAGAAAUGGAUGCUAUUAUGAAGGAUAAUGGAAAAAAGGAAUGGUACAUGGAUUUGGUAAAUAUUCACUCUCUGAAACAUCAUUUUAUAUAGGAGAAUGGAUUGAAAAUAAGGCUAAUGGAUUUGGAACAUUUCAACAUUCUAAUGGAGAUCUAUAUAUUGGAACUUGGAAAGAUGGUACUGCCAAUGGCAAUGGUAAGUACACAUUUGCAGAUGGUACAUUCUAUGAUGGUUAAUGGAUUAAUGAUUUACCUAAUGGAUAAGGCAAAUAAACUUAUGAAGGUGGAUGGAUUUAUGAGGGUAAACUCUUUUCUGUAUUCCAAAGCUAGGAAGCUUUUAAGAUGGUUUUAAAAGCGGUUUCGGUUAAUUAACAUAUCCUGAUGGAACUAUUUAUGAAGGGAAAUUCCAAAAUGAUCUAAUGAAUGGCAAUGGAAUUUUGAGAUUUCCAAAUGGAAGAUUUUACAAUGGAGAAUGGAAAAAUGGUAUGAAAAGUGGUAAAGGAGUAUUUCAAUGGCCAGAUGGAAGGAAAUAUGAAGGAUAAUUCGUAAAUGAUUAAAGAGAGGGGUAUGGAACAUUAUUAUGGCCAAAUGGUUAAAAAUAUAGUGGAUUAUGGAAGGAAGGACUUCAACAUGGAAAUGGAUAAAUAAUAAAAGCAAAUGGUACUACCUUCAGAGGAAGGUGGAUCAAAGGAAAAAUUAUUUCAACAAAAUUCACUACUAAUACUCCUGCUAAAGUAAUAAAAUUAGUUAAUGAGUGA